AUGCCAAUGAAACGCACGGCGAACAGCCGGCUCGGCGUUCCGCAUUUGUGCGAAUCUCCAUACAGCACUCAACGUCUCUGGAAGACUGAGUGCCAUUUUCGUCUCUGCCUUUCCGCUUUCCCAUUCCCACUCCCUCGUCUCCCCGGCCCACAGCAGAUCAUCAUGGCGGUCGCCUUCAGCCAACCCUCUAUUCCAUUGGACAUCAUCGAGCUGAUUAUGGAACAACUUGCGAACGAUGGAGACACCAUGUCAACAAGAGCACUGAAAGCAUCAGCACUCGCGUGCAGAGCCUUUCUGCUCAUCUGUCGCAAGCAUAUAUUCUCCUCCAUCAGGCUUGAUGGUCAAGAAGGAGACUGGUCGAUUCAUGAGUUCAAGCGCAUCUUGGAGAGGAACCCCGCCGUUGCGCGCUAUGUCCGAAAAUUGCAUUACUUCAAUGAUUUCAGUAGCAAACGCGGGCCACGAAUUUUACGCCAUCUUCGUCGCGUACGGGAACUCACAAUUGGAUCAGUCGACAGGAUGGAGUACUCCCCUUCGCGCAAGGAUUGGAAAACAUUCUCCCCUCCUUUCCGGCAGUCACUCCGCUAUUUCAUCCAAUACAACGACAUUGUCGCCCUCUCACUCGUCAGCAUCAGCAAUCUCCCCAUGUAUAUCCUAUGGUCCUUCCCCAACCUCGUUGACCUCGAAUUAUUUAACGUCGCCGUUGCGGGCGAAACGUGGCCAAAAAAGUUCAAGGGCUCAGAGAGACCUCCCGAGUUGUCCAUACUCCGCGUGAGGCAUUGGUCCAUAAGAGCCAUGCAAGACAUAUUGUGCGCGGUCGAAGGCGGGGCUUCUCAAGUAUGUGACCUAUCAGGGCUGCAGGACCUUUAUCUUGAGACAGAGGACGGUCGCGGGGGACGGAGUCUGGAUUGCAUCAACUCUAUUUUGCGGUCUUCAAGGAGCUUGCGAACCUUGGAACUCACAAUUUACCCGGGUCUUAUUUGCUUGGAAACUCUUUCGCAAAAUCUGACCGAAGGGUCCUUGAAAACCUUGAAGAAGAUCACAAUCGGACCAGUCAUCGAUGGACCAUCCCUCGACCCAUAUCUUCACUUCACGCAGGUUCUGGAGCAGAUUUCCGGAAGAAACAGCCUCGAGGAGAUCAUCUUCGACAUCCAGAUCGAUACUGAUCGCCACUGCACUGUUGAGCCCACGACUUGGGAACAAAUAGACACGGUCCUCUCGGGCAAGGGUUUCCCAUCUCUCCGCCGUGUUCUGAUUCAAGUUACUAUUGCUUGGUAUUCUCCGGGCCACCACGAGUUCCAUAGUGGUGUUGAAUCUCUCGGGAUCACUGCUUUUUCACAGCUGAUGGAGAACAAGGAGGUUGAUUUUGACUUUGUUGUGAAGCUAGAGGAGGUAUAA